AUGGAGGACCACAUGGCGGGGCACAACAAGGAGAAGCAUUGUGAGUGCAACGUGUGUGGCAAGGCCUGGCAGUGCCUGAGUGAGCUGGACACCCACCGCGAGCGGCCUUUUACCUGCUCAGACUGCGGCAAAGGUUUCAAGUCGUCCAGGGACUUGAAGACACACAGCUGCCUGCAUACUGGGGAGCGGCCCUACACCUGCAGCGACUGCGGCAAGAGCUUCACCCAGUCCAGCAACCUGCUGAAGCACCAGCGCACCCACACCGACAAGCGCCCCUUCACCUGCGCCCAGUGCGACAAGGGCUUCACCCAGUCCAGCAACCUGCUGAAGCAUCAGCACACCCACACCGGCGAGCACCCCUACAGCUGUGCCCAGUGCGGCAAGGGCUUCACCCGCUCCGAAAUCCUGCUGGAGCACCAGCGCGCCCACACCGGCAGGCGCCCCUACACCUGCGCUCAGUGCGGCAAGGCCUUUGCCCGCUCCUAAACCGUGUUGGAGCACCAGCGCACUCACAUCGGCGAGCGCCA